ACUGUGCCGAGGCUUCGGAGCGCGAGGUUUACUGUGCAUUCUUUCAUUAAGGUAUUUCCUUAUCAGCACUGUGAGAGGCAGUGAAACAGGUGACUAAACUCCAACUGCAGACGUUUACUGACAGCAAAAUGAUGAGAAUUUUCAGCAGAAAUAUAGUGAAAGUUGGGAUGGGAAAUCCCUGUGGUUUGGUGAAAUCCUGUAGGUUGAGUCUGGUGAGUGGCAGAUAUCUGAACUACUGGAAAGGACUGCCUCAUCUGCCUGUCCCACCUCUGCGGGAGACCUGCGAGCGCUAUCUUAGUGCCCUGGAGCCCAUUGUAAAGGAGGAUGAGCUGAAGCAGACAACACGGCUGAUGGAGGAGUUUCUUAAAGAAGGAGGUGAUGGAGAAAAACUGCAGAAAAGCCUGGAGAGGAAAGCAUGCACCACUGACAACUGGCUUACAGAUCAUGGGUUACAGACUCAGUACUUGGACCGCAGGGAACCUUUGGUGGUUUUUUCCAACUUUGGAUUUGCUCUUCCCCAAAUGGACUUUAGGGAUAAACUGGGACAAAUAAGGUGUGCUGCCAAAUUGAUAACAGCUGUUUUGGACUUUAAGACAAUGAUUGACAAUGAGACACUACCAGUAGAGUACAUGAGAGGGGAGCCCCUCUGCAUGAUGCAGUACUGCCAGGCACUGUCAUCUUGCUGUAUCCCUGGGCUGAAGACUGACUCAUUGGUGUUCCAUGGCAAGAGCUCUAAUGCCCCCAAACACAUCACAGUGGCACACAACUCUCAGUUCUUUACGGUGGAGGUUUACAACAGUGAUGGGACUCCAAUCACUGUUGAUCAGCUUUGUGUUCAGCUGGAGAGGAUCUGUAACUCCCCACUAGAGACCAACAUGGAGCUUGUCGGUAUCCUCACAACCCUGCGCCGUGACUCCUGGGCCAAAUGGUACGACAGACUGGUCCAAGAUCCGUCCAACAGAGAAUCGGUUUCAGCCAUCGAAAGGAGCAUCUGUAUGCUGUGUUUGGACGGAGCCAUGCCUCAGGUGUAUGGGAAAUCUGGCAGAUGUGCUGCACUCCAGAUGUUGCAUGGAGGCGGCAGCCAGUGGAACAGUGCUAACCGCUGGUUUGACAAAUCGCUGCAGUUUAUUAUUGGUGAAGGUGGGACAUGUGGGCUUAACAUAUUGCAUGCUGUUAUUGAUGGCACAGCGAGUCUGGCCUUAGCUGAUCAUAUCACAGCUUCCAUGAAAAAGCCACAGAUGAUGCCAUCUCCUGUGGAACUCUUGCCCAUGCCUCAGAAACUGCACUUCAAUAUCACACCUGAUAUCAAAAAUGUCAUUGAGGAGGCCAAACAGAGCAUGGACAAAAUCGCCGAGGAUCUGGACCUUAGGGUUUUGGUAUUCAGUCACUUUGGAAAAAUUUUUAUAAAAGCCUACAAGUUGAGCCCAGACGCUUUUGUACAGAUGGCGAUACAACUGGCCUACUACAGGAUCUACCAGCAGUGCUGUGCAUCAUAUGAAGCAGCCUCCAUGCGUUUGUUCAGGAAAGGACGUUUAGGUGUAAUAAUGUCAACAUCGAGUGCCUCGGCUGCCUUUGUUAAGUCUUUUGAUGACCCCAAAAAGCAGAGCACAGAGAAACUUGAGUUAUUGGAAAAAGCAAUAAAAGUGCAUAGGUGGAACACCAACAUGGAAAUUCGAGGGCAGAUAAUAUAUGGACACAUCCUGGCCCUGAAAAAUCAAGCUAUUGAGGACGAUAUCCCCAUGCCGGGCAUCUUCACAGAUCCCUCCCUUGAUAAAGCCUUUAACUUUCGACUUUCUACAAGUCAGAUGUCAUCCAAGACUGGCUGUCUCUGUUUUGCUGGUCCAGAUCAACCUGAAGUUUAUGAUUUCUGCUACAGUUUUACAGAUGAUGACAUCACCUUUGUAGGUUCAGCUUGGAAAUCCUGCAAAGAAAAUAAUGUGAUACAACUGAUCCAAACCCUAGAAGAUGCAUUGCUAGACAUGAGGAUGCUGCUGGAGAACGAAACCAGCUCCGCCUAGUGCUAGAUAAUGAACCUUUUUGAGAGCAGUAUUCAAAGUAAUUAGUUGAAUACUAUGAGUUAGUCAACUC